UGGAAACAUAAUUCUUUAGUUUGCUAAGCCAGUGCUAAAUUAAUUCACAUAUUAUAUUUUAACCCUAAACUGAAAUAUGCACAAUACAUAUCUGUACUCUUACAAAAAGUAUAACAAGAUUUUAAUACAAAGUCCCAUAUAAACCCAACCGAGCGUGGUAUUGUCACAUAGUUGGUUUUCACCAUGAAAGUGCGUCUGGUGUUUGCUAUCUUGGUGUUCCUUGCCUUCGUGGGGACCCCUGUGAUUGCAGAUUAUAUCUGGCAUAGAGACGAGAUUCCCUACGAGGCGAAAUCUAAGUGUCUCCGAGGCACGUCCUACUACAGUAACAGUCUCAAUGCGAAUGAUACAGACAUAGAUGUAGCCAGUGAGAUCGAGUCCCUUCUAGACUACGAUAAUAUCGAUGUAUGCUUCUUCUGCGUCUGUUCUGUUGACGCUAAAGCAGCUAGUUGCAUCAACCGAGACCCCUGGUUCUGUGAAUACUACAGAAUCAUUAAGGAACCAGACGCGAUGAGGCAUAAAUACAAGCAACUGUUCCAGCAAGACCGACCCGCGUAUUUCAGACAACUUUCGUACAGAUUGCGGCGGACUAUGGACGAUUCUAUGUUUGAGUUGAUAGAUAAGGUGGGUGAUAAAAAUGAUGAUUCAAAAUGUGUCCCAUUCGUGUCGGAGUACUCAGAUUGUACAGAUGCAAACAUGUGCACUGGAUGCACCAAAUGCCACUGUACCGAGGCAGGCGAGUGGUCAUGUAAGGACGUCAUCUCCUGCCCUGAUGAUGAUGAUGGUGAAGACAACAGCAUCAACGGUGACAGCGUCUAUAGUGCUAUUGAUGUUUUGAUGUCUGAGGUGAAAAAAAGAGAACAAAAGCAAAAUACUAAACAACGAUUAGUGCCUCUUCCUCCGGGACCUGAAGAAGAUGUUUUAUUAGUUGCAGAUAAAAAUCGUUAUGAGGAAGAUUUCGACGCGUAUUUGGCACGUGAAAAAAGAUCUAUAGAUCAAAAUGAGCCAGAACAUAACGGCACAGUCAAAUUCUACAAUACUAUUGAUGAGAUUAAUGAAGAUACUUUGAAGAAUUCAAAUAAAUCUGGUACUAUAGAAGUUCAAAAAAUUAAUCCUAACGUCAAAAUAUCACGACGAAAAGGGUUAAUGGAAGGAAUAAAUAAAACCGAAUUGAGUUCAUUACACAUUGAGUUUAACACGCCUCAAGAUUAUGAACAUCAAUUUGCUGAAAAUAAAAUUGACUCUUUCCCACAUGAUGAAAAAUCAUUAGCACUUGAUAAAGAAAAGCAGAACAUUAUUGGGAAUUAUUCGCAAAAAGACAAAGAUAAAAACUUAUCCAAAAUAGUUGUUAAUGAGUUAACUAAAGGUAAUGAAGUUAUAGGUGAUAAAAAUGUCAUACCAGUAUCUAAUAUAACAUUUACACCAGAAAAUGACACGUUAACAGCAAUGGCUUUUAUUGCGGGAAAUUUAUUAAAUAAACUCUGGAAUAUGGAUAAAGAAUCCAGUGAUUCAUUUGAAACUGAAACUUUAAAACACGAGAAAAUAAAUGAUUUGUUAGAACUAUUUAAAGAACCACUCAAUUUGAGACAAGAAACGUUUCUUAAGAAUGCUUUAGAAAAACUGUCUCAUACUCUGAAUAACAAUAAAAAUGUGAACAAUAUUUCGAUCUGCGAAACAAUUGAAGUUAAAAAUUUGCAACAUGAAGUCAAUAAUACACAGGAUUUAGUUACUCAAAACAAAGGUAAAUGUAAUAAGACUAUAAAAGAGCCAGAAAACAUUAAAACAGCGAAAAAUGUUACAUCUAAUGUUGUACAGAAAUUGACAGAUGUACUAAAUUUAAUACAAAAGUUUGAAAAUACACAAAAAGCUCUGAACAACUUAAAAGGUCACACCCCUAUUAAAAUUGACCUAGAGGAAGAUGUAUCCCCAGAUACAAGUAAAUUUGAUAUGUUCGCUAAUGUAUUAGAAAAGAUAACAAAAUUGUUAUUGCCUACGAAAAAAUCUAAUAGAAUACAUAGAAAAAUGAAACAAUUAAAUCAAUUAGCCAAUGACGAGAACAUGAAAAAUAAUAUAAAAGGAAAUGGAAGAACGAAUUUAGUAAACUUGACUGUUACAGCUAAAGACAAAAUUGUUUUAGAUUAUGUGAAUCAUAUUCAGAAUAAUCCUCAGUGUUUAUUGAACCAGAUUGCACAAGAAUCUAUAAACCCGUCGAUUAAUCUUAAAGGUGAAAUAAUCGACACUCUGACUGAGUUUUUAAAAAUUAAAUCUUUUAUUGACUUAUCGAAACUAAUAGAACCAGAAAGAUUUACCACCACUACUACUUCAACUACUACCCAAUCGACAACGACAACUAAAAAACUUGAGUUAUUAAGACAAUCAGACCAGCAAGAACCGAAAAAGCUCGCUUCUGCUAAAGAGAGACUAAAACUACACUUACAAUCUAUAAUAAAUGACUUAGCAGAGUUACAAAAGGAACGUGGUACUAAAAAUAAUACAAAUUUCAACAUUACUGAUAUACUACCUUGUAUAAGUCACAUAUUGAAUGAUAACCAGCAGGAACAUUCAACUACUAAAAAGCCUUCCCCUUUAGAAAAUAUGGAAAAUUUAAUGGAGGCUUUAACAUUAGAAUUUAAGUCUAUUCCUUUGUCAAGAAGAAGUGCAUCGAGCGAUGCAAAAAGGCCUACUUCAGCUAAAGUAUGGAGACGUGUUAUAACAAAUAUUAAUCAUUUGCAAAAGCAAAACAGACGUUUUGAUUUCGAAGAACAAAAGUCCUAUGAUGAUUUGAAAAAGAUGAUAGAUAAUAUAGAAAAAUUAAGUAAUACGUAUAAAAAUUUUGCAUUGCUGUCCGUUGUACCACCACACAAAAAGCUCAUGCUGUUGAAAACUCUGGAAGCAGACGUAGCACGUCAUAAAAACGUUUUGGAAAACAUCAAAAAAUCUUAUGAUGCUGUUGAAAAUGUACCUUCCGAGAAUCAGAAAGAAAUUGUUGAAUUCAUUGACAAUACAGCUACAAAUAUUAAAUUGAGCAAUAAUGUUAUUGCUAAUUUGAAUAAGGCUAAUCCUAAACGCCAGAUCAAAUCAAUAAAUACAAGCUUUACUGUAAAUGAGUUAUCAAAUAAAAGGCAAAGGAAAAGUAAUUUAAAAAUACCAAGCGAUGUUACUAAAUCUUCAAACUCGAACAUUCUUAAAAAUGUUAAUAAAGAUUUUAAACUAUCACGAGAACAAAUAUUAAAUCAACUUAUUUCUAAUCGAAUUCAAUUGUAUCUGAAAAUAAAAGAAGAAGAAGGUGUUGAGUCAGAUGAUAUUAAUUAUAAUAUUGGGAAAAGAGCGUUAAUUUCUCUACGGCGUGGUAACAGCAGCCUUGCAAGGGAAUUGUUUAACAUUUUAGUGCAAAACAAAAAUAUUGAAGGACUUAAUCAGACUAGGAGAAUGAAUCCACAUAAAAAAGUGGGAAGGAAAGAUUUAAAAGGUACUUUUCUUUACGCACUAAAAGAACCAUUACUGAAAAUUCGAGAUCCUAGAGAAAAUAUUCGAGAAAAACAGCAAGAUCUAUUAUUUGCUAAAUGA